AUGAGAUUAGCCAAUUGCGCAGGAGAUAUUAUAGUGCUCAAGUGUACGCGCAGACACAAGUGCACUCUCUAUUCCUAUCACUCUCAUACUCCGGUGGGACGACCACUCGACACGACCGAUGAAGGUGAAGUAUAUGCUGUGCAGUACUUUUCUAGCCGUGUCUACUGCAUAUCGAAAAUGUUUUUGGAGUUACCACAAUUUGCCAAAUGCUGCUUCUGCAUGCCCUUGAGAGGGGGUGUUUUGACGUUUGGAUAUUUAAAAAUGAUCUUCUCCAUGUUCAUGUUAGGGCUUUACAGUUACAGUGUGGACGGCGGUCUUAGAUUUGGGAUCGAGGCGAAAAUAAUAUGCAUGGCUUUACACUGUGUCGAUAUCUUGUUCAACAUAUUACUGGUGUAUGGAGCUCAUAAGCAAAACGUAUCUUAUCUGAGGAUUUUCUCCUACUACACAUUCUCCAUGACCACUGCGUUGGUACUCAUGGAAAUAAUAUCGUUAACAGACAUAUUAUACUUCGACGCGAUAGGGAUGAUUAAUUUCUUCUUAGUAGGAUUUUGCAUACAUCUCUACAUACUGUUCUUAGUGCGAAGUCUUAUGUACGAGAUUAACAAUUCAGGAUGCGCAAACAAGAAUCAAUUCCACCAGUUCGUUAACGAAGAAUUGGAAGUUAAAGGAAAAUAUCCCAUCACGGUUGUGCCUGUUGCAAAUGCG